CGCCGCCCAGUGCAGUCCGCGUUCACCGUUCGCCGUCGCCGCUCGCUCUUUCGAAUCCGACCGUUUCCCCUGUCUCUCUUUCUCCUCUCUACCGCGGCCUUUGAAAUUUUUUUGAAACAAUUUUUUUUCCAAUCACCGCAACGACACCUCCCCAUCAAAAAAAAAAAAAAUCUAAUUUUUUAACAUGUUUACUGACCGAAAAUUAUAAUUUCACCGGUGUAUAAAGUGUACGUGUGUGUGUGUGUGAUAACAGCAAAAUCUCUGGUCGAUCCACGGUGGCGGUGUUUACCCCGGUGUACAGGAAAUAAUACAGUCGUUUCGAUUUGCCCUUGACAAUAACGGCCGGCGGGCGUUGUGCGAAUCUCGUCGAAUAAUAUGAUACUUCCUUCGCGGGUGAUGAUAUCAUACUAAUAUUCAACACCAGUGGCCUGGCCAUCAGAAUCGAAAUCGCGCAUUACGACAAAACCAAAAAAAAAAUCCCAGAUCUCAGACAUAUUAUGCUGUUCAGACUGUCGACAACAUGGUCAUAUCUCAUAAUUCCACUUGUCGCUGUCCUAGUAGUUUGCACAACAGGUGUGCCGAUCGAGAACCGGAGGAAUUCGACGCCAGCCAAAUGGAACACGCACAACAUGUCCACGUGGGACGACGUGUCUUUUUUAAGCGCAGACUCCGAUUACCUACCAUUGCUCAAAGUCAACAAAACGGUUGUGUUGACCGUGGAAAUGGAAAAAAUCGAAAACGACACACUUAAACAUUUGAGUGACUUGAAGGCAAACUACAGCAAAUACUUCUACGACACGGAUGGCAAGUUCAACAUGGACGACGCCAGAGCUUCUCGGGCCACGCUGCCGCCGUUCCUGGGCAAAGCGCUUCAGUUCCUAAAUUUCGAUCAAGUAGUCUUCGAGGUGGAGACCAGCGUCAUGUCCAAAGUGUCGUGUACAGCAUGCAAAGCCGGCGCCGCUUUGCUGCAGCGGUACAUACGAAUGGGCAAGACCCGUGAUGACAUCAAGAUUAUGGCAAAUAACUUCUGCAAGAGUUUCAAAUUGCAGACGCCUCGUGUCUGCGAGGGCAUCACCGAAAUGUUUAGCGGAGAAGUGGUGUACGUUCUGGAGAGGAUAACGAUCGGGCCCGAAGAGAUAUGCAGUUUUGUCAUUGGAGACGUCUGCGGAGACGUGUACAACCCCACUCACGAUUGGGACGUGGUGUUCCCGCCGGUGCCCAAACCGACUCCGGUCGAAAUCAAAAUUCCAAAAGAACCGAUACCGCAGUUCAAAGUGCUGCACUUGUCCGACACUCAUUUCGACCCUUACUACCAGGAGGGAACGAACGCCGCUUGCAACGAACCGCUGUGCUGCAGGCUGACCAACGGGCCGGCGGCCGACCACCAGAGCAGAGCCGGAAGAUGGGGAGACUACCGGAAGUGCGACACACCCAAGCGCACGGUGGAUAACAUGCUGCAGCACAUCGUAGCCAAUCACGCCGACAUCGACUACAUCAUAUGGACGGGCGAUCUGCCGGCGCACGACAUCUGGAACCAGACGCGGGAGGAGAACUUGGCGAUACUCAAGGAAACGGUGCAGCAGUUGCUGACCAUGUUCCCGGGGGUGCCCAUAUUCCCGGCAUUAGGCAACCACGAAUCGGUUCCGGUCAACAGCUUUCCGCCAAGUUCUGUGGUGAACACUCCGGAAUACGGUAUCGACUGGCUGUACAGCGAGCUGGACACGCAAUGGCGCCGAUGGCUGCCGGGCUCGGUGAGCAGGACCAUCAAGCGAGGGGCGUUCUACAGCGUGCUGGUCCGUCCCGGUUUCCGGAUCGUCUCGCUCAACAUGAACUAUUGCAACAACAAAAACUGGUGGCUGCUCAUGAACAGCACCGACCCCGUCAAGGAGCUCCAGUGGUUCAUAUACGAGCUGCAGAACGCAGAGUUCAGCGGCGAAAAAGUCCACGUGCUCGGGCACAUACCGCCGGGACAUCCGGACUGUUUGAAAGUCUGGAGUCGCAACUAUUACGCCAUCAUCUCCAGAUAUGAAAGUACGAUAACCGCUCAGUUCUUCGGUCACACGCACUACGACGAGUUCGAAAUUUUCUACGACACCCAAAACCUGGGCAGACCAGUGAGCGUGGCAUACUUGGGUCCGUCCGUCACGCCCUACUCGGACUUGAAUCCCGGCUAUCGGAUUUACUACGUGGACGGCGACCGAGAACAAUCUACCAGGACAGUGCUCGAUCACGAGACGUGGGUGAUGAACCUGAGAGAGGCGAACCUGUACGAUUAUCCGAUCUGGCAGAAGCUGUACUCGACCCGGACGGCGUACAAGUUGCCUUCGCUGUUGCCACAAGACUGGGACGCGUUCAUCAACAAGCUGACCGACGACACGGAAGCGUUCGACUUGUACUACAAGCACUAUUGGAAAAACUCGCCGGUCCGACCCGCGUGCGACGCAGAGUGCAAGAAGCGCAUGAUAUGCGACCUCCGUUCGGGUCGCUCCCAUGACCGGAAAACCCUGUGCCAGGAAAUCGAGUCCCGGAUCGACCGCGGCUCCCGGAUAGGCUGGGGAACGUGGCUCUACAACGGGUUCACCGCAUCGAUGUCCGUAAUCAUGUCCAUACCUCAUUACACGUACCAGAUACCGAAAUACCUGCUCGGAUACACCAGGUGAGCGCCACCGUCGUCGACUACCGCCGAGCGUUAACGGAACGAACGAAAGUCUAAGUACAAAAAAAAAUAACGCAAACAGAAAAUAUGUGAUCCUGACCGGAUCGGACGAGUGGGCGCCGCCGAACCGGUCGAACCCACGACGACAGUUUGUGUUUACGAUAAUCUAUUACAGCCGUCGGUUGUCAAAGUUCUACGGUUUUAUUUUUUUCAAUUUAAAUCGAUCGGUUUAUAAAAAAAUUAAAAAAUUAAACCUAAAGACGAUAAUCAAACGCGUAUCGUAUGUGACAUUGUUUUAGGAUAUUUUAAUAUAAUAAUAUUAAAAAAAAAAUUAACAUGCUUGUGAUUGUAUCAUCAUACACGUCGUACAUUGUAUCUCUCUCUCUCUCUCUCUCUUAAAUUAUUAUAUGAAAAUAAAAAAAAAUCAACCAUAAGACAAUGUUUAUCAUGUACAGA